AUGAUAUUCCGUUACGCGGAUUCCUCAGCUCAAGUAGAACAAAAAUAUUCGAACUAAUCGGAAAUUUUUAAUAACCGGAUAGAUUCAACUGCUGUUAAAAAAUCCAAUCCCCAAAUUUAAUCCAUACCAUUUAAACUUCGAAUAUUGUAGAACUAUCUUGAUGCUGCGUAUUCACUAUAAAAAAAAAAAACACACUUUAUAAAAAAAUAAAAUUAUUAAAAAAUAAAAAUUAUUAAAAUAGGAGAUGAAGAAUUGAUAAUUCAGAAGAUUUUUUUUCCAUUUUUAAGUUAUUCCAUUAAUUAUGAUAUUUUUUUUUUUGAUAAAAAUAAAUUAAAAACUAACAAAUAAAAAAACAAACAACUAAAUAAAUUUUAAGCGAUACUAACAACUAAAGCUAAAAACAAAUUGAUUGAUUAAAAAAUAUGA